AGGCGACGAAGCCACACCUCCCACUCAAUACCAUAGCAGCGGAGUCGACGUGCACCUCGACAACCCGUCAGGAUGGUAUUGCAAGACCUCGGCCGCCGCAUUAAUGCCUCCCUCAACGACAUCACCCGCGCUCCGACGCUGGACGAAAAGGCGUUCGAUGGCAUGAUCAAGGAGAUCUGCAGCGCUCUCAUGGAAGCCGAUGUCAACGUCAAACUCGUCGCCAAUCUGCGCAAGACCAUCAAGUCUGCUGUCAAGUUCAAUGAGCUUCCAGCACACGCCAACAAAAAGCGCAUCAUCCAAAAGGCCGUCUUUGACGCUCUGGUCGACAUCGUGGACCCGCAUCAGAAGCCUUACGAGCCGAAGAAAGGGAAGAGCAAUGUCAUCAUGUUUGUCGGUCUGCAGGGUGCGGGUAAGACGACAACAUGUACCAAGUUGGCCCGCUGGUAUCAGGCACGAGGCUUCAAGACAUGCUUGGUGUGCGCCGAUACCUUUCGUGCUGGUGCCUUCGAUCAGUUGAAGCAGAACGCAACCAAGGCCAAGAUUCCAUACUACGGUUCUCUCACCCAGACCGAUCCUGUCGUCGUGGCGAGAGACGGUGUCAACCAGUUCAAGAAGGAGAAGUUCGAGAUCAUCAUCGUCGAUACAUCUGGAAGACAUCACCAGGAAGAUGCGUUGUUCGCGGAAAUGGUGGAGAUUCAGCAGGCUGUCUCGCCACAUCAGACCAUCAUGGUAUUGGACGCUUCGAUCGGUCAAGCUGCGGAAGCACAAUCGCGCGCCUUCAAGGACACUGCAGACUUUGGAGCCAUCAUCAUCACCAAGACAGACGGUGCAGCCGCAGGAGGUGGCGCCAUCUCUGCCGUCGCAGCCACCCACACGCCUAUUGUCUACAUCGGUACAGGAGAACAUUUGCUGGACCUGGAGAAAUUCAACCCACAAUCCUUCGUCUCCAAACUGCUGGGAAUGGGAGAUGUGCAAGGCCUCAUGGAGCACGUGCAGACUCUGAAACUCGAUCAAAAGGAGACGAUGAAAAACAUUACUGAAGGUCGCUUUACCGUGCGCGAUCUUCGUGACCAGAUUCAGAACAUUUCAAAAAUGGGUCCUUUGAGCAAGAUGGCGGGUAUGAUUCCUGGUCUGUCUGGCAUGAUGGGUGGAAUGGACGAUGCGGAAGGCGGUGACAAGCUGAAGCGCAUGAUCAUCAUCUGUGACUCCAUGACACAGAAAGAGCUCGACUCGGAUGGUAAAAUCUUCGUGGACCAGCCGAGCCGUGUGACCAGAGUGGCGCGUGGGUCCGGAUCCUCGGUCCGUGAAGUCGAAGAACUCCUCGCACAGCAAAAAAUGAUGGCAGGUGUGGCGAAGAAGGUGAAAGGUGGCAUGGCCAACAUGCAGAAGGCACAGGGUGCUUUGGGAGGUGCCAACCAGAAGUCUCAAAUGGCGGCUAUGCAGAAGAGGAUGCAAGCCAUGGGAGGCGCCGGUCGCGGCGGAGCGGGAGGUAUGCCAGACAUGGGCUCCUUGAUGAAGAUGAUGGGAGGUGGAGGAGGCGGAAUGCCCGAUCUCUCCGGCAUGGACAUGCAGAAGAUGAUGAGCAUGAUGGGUGGUAUGAUGGGUGGCGGCGGCGCUGGACGUGGCCGUUGAUUAUGAGUCAAGACUCGAAAACGACAGAGAAUUGAGCGAUUUUAAUCAAGGCGUAAAGUCUUCAAUACAUGAUUCGAUAAAUCAAAACCCCAUCAACAACAUUUCGAUUCUUUCUCCCUCUCUUUCGAGAAGCAGUAAAUCCAACACAAACGUAUAAUUGGAUAAAAUUCAAGAGAAACCCAUUUCCUAGACACAACACAACACAACAGAACAGAAC